UCCACCGGAAUUAAUGCUGGGCGCACGUUCCAAAGAGUUUUUAUUUUGUCUUGGUAAACUGUAACCACAGCAUUUUAAUUAUCAUUAAUGAUAAUAACUCCACAAUUUCAAUUUCAAUGGGAUUUUCAUACGCUCUAUGAUCGUAUAAAUUGUCAGUUCCAGACUUCCAGUGAAGCAAUUAACUACUGUACAACGUAUCCGAUAAUGGCGAAGUGGAAUUUCAUUGCUAUUCUAUUCCUCGCUCUCGCGAAUUCUUUCUCGGCAACAAUGGCCGCCGAAAACGACACGAAUUUGAUGCUGUGGGGGUGCUCUGCCUCCACGAACCGCGAGCUAUGUCUGACGCUCCUCAGAUCAGACCCUCGUAGCUUCGGCGCCAAGGGUUACACAGAACUGGGCAAAAUCAUGGUCGAGUUCGCAUUGGCCAAAGCCGAGGAAACUCUGUCGUUCGUUACAUCGUCGGCGAAUAAAACCACCGACAAAGCUGUCGGCACGAUCCUCGGCGUUUGCCACCGUCUCUACGACCGCAUCAUACGCGAGCACAUUCCGAAUGCCAUUGAGACCUCGACGGAGAGCGAGGAAUCGGCUACCCGGAUAGUGGGCGAUGCGGUUUUGGACGAGGAGAAUUGUGAAAAGGAGUUUAGUAGGAACCAUGUUAAAUCUGUGUUGACUCGGAGGAACAAUGAUUUCGGUGACAUUGCUGUGUUAGCCCAGGAGCUAUGGUUUCUAGUCUGGGGUUGAAAUUUGUAUACUCGCACAAGAGAGGUUAAUUAACUAAUACACACCUUCACUUUCUAUAAUGAUUGAAGGUUAUUAUCAUCACCAAAAAGAAAAAUGAGAACUUUAAUUUAUUGAUGCAGGGUAUAUAAUAUGAUUGUAUUGAAAUUUCUUUAUACCAUUUCAAUUUGUUUUGGUUAUAAUUUAA